CUUAGCCACAUCUACUCUCUCUCUCUCUCUCCUCCGUUUCUUCUCUCGCUUGUCACCGUCGUCUCUCUCUCUGCAUGUAUGUUCUGUGAGCGUGUAAUCUGGCAAUCGUUAUCUUUCGUCCGCCGUUACUUUUCACUGCUUUAAUUUCGGAGAAAAUCCUCUUUGUUUUAUGUGGAAGGACCCUUUCCUGAUGAAUUUCCCUCCCCAUUUACUUCACAGAUCUUCCCAUCCAUUUCUCCUCAUUCGGAGAUAACCCUAGGAAAUUUCAAUUUCAAGGGUUUCUCCGUCUGUGUCUUUCUUUGCUUCAUCUUCCCUUUUCUUCUCUGGGGGUUUCCAGUUUUAGGAUUUUUUUUUUUUCGUUUUGUUUGUUUCAUUUUUAGGGUUUUAGUUCAAAGUGUAUAGUGAUGGAUGGAUUUGAUGAUGGGGGCGGUAUUCAAGACGACCCUGCAUCCAAGAGUUUCAAGGGAUUAGCAGAGACUUCCUCAGGGAAUGCACUCUUUGACGCAUCGCAAUAUGCAUUCUUUGGUAAGGAUGUCUUGGAGGAGGUUGAGCUGGGAGGAUUAGAAGAUGAAGAUGAUAUCCGUUUUGGUGGGAUUGAUGACGAGGAGUAUCAUUUAUCAGAUAGAGAAGAGGCUGAAGGUUUAGGAUCUCUAUCUGAUAUUGAUGAUCUUGCCAGUACUUUUUCAAAGCUGAACAAGGUCGUUAAUGAUCCAAGAAAUGCAGGAGUUAUUGGUGAUAGGGGAUCUUUAUCUAGGGAAAGUUCAUCUGCAGCUGACUGGGCACAAGAACCAGAUUUUCCCAACUGGUUAGAUCCACAAUUUUUUGACAGAGAAAGUGUUCAGGAAGGCAAAAGGUGGUCGUCACAGCCGCAUCCUUCAUCUGGUCAUGUUGCGGAAUCAAAACCUUUGUAUAGAACAUCUUCGUACCCUCAGCAGCAACAACAGCAGCUUCAACAUUUUUCAAGUGAACCAAUCUUAAUUUCGAAGUCAUCUUUCACUUCCUACCCUCCUCCUGGUGGCCGAUCUCAGCAGGCUUCUCCAAACCACCAUUCACGCCACCUAAACAUUCCUUCCCUUACCGGAGGAUCUCAGAUACCCUUCUCUGCACCGAAUCUCGCUCCUUUCUCUAAUCCUCAGAUUCAUUUAUCUGGCUUGCCUCAUGGGCUACAUUAUGGUGGAAAUAUGCCACAGUUCACCCCUUCAGGCCUCCCAAUCAAUAGCAGGCCACAGAAUCACUGGGGAAACCAGGCCAGCAUGCUUUCUGGAGAUAAUUCGAACAUGUUGAACAACUAUUUGCAACAACAAUUGCCUCAUCCAAAUGGGUUUGUUCACCAACAGUUAAUGUUGCCACAGCAGCAACAACAAAGACUGCAUCGCCAGGUUCAACCAUCUUUGGCCCAUUUUUCACCUUUGCAGUCACAACUAUUUAAUAGUCAUUCUUCUCCGCCUCCACAUGUAAUUAGCAAGUAUGAGGCAAUGCAUGGAGCAGCUGAUCUGAGGGACCAGAGAAUUAGAUCGACACAGAGAGGAAGACAGAACCUGCGGUUUUCCCAACAGGGCUCUGAUAAUAGUAGCCAGAAAAGUGAUAAUGGUUGGCCACAGUUUAGGUCGAAGUAUAUGACAGCUGAAGAGAUAGAGAGUAUUCUGAGAAUGCAGCAUGCUGCCACUCAUAGCAAUGACCCGUAUAUAGAUGAUUAUUAUCACCAGGCUCGUCUUGCAAAAAAAUCUACUGGUUCGAGGCUGAAGCACCACUUCUGCCCAACUCACCUACGGGAUCUGCCUUCUCGUGCACGUGCUAAUUCUGAGCCGCAUGCUUAUCUACAGGUUGAUGCACUUGGCAGGGUUCCAUUCUCUUCCAUACGCCGGCCUCGCCCAUUGCUUGAGGUUGAUCCUCCAUCUGGUUUAUCUGGGGAAGGCAAUGUUGAGCAGAAAAUUUCUGAGAAGCCUCUGGAGCAAGAACCCAUGCUAGCUGCCCGCAUCAUGAUUGAAGAUGGACUCUGUCUUCUCCUUGAUGUGGAUGAUAUUGACAGACUUCUAGAAUUCAAUCAGUCACAGGAUGGUGGAGUCCAGCUGAGGAGGAGGAGGCAGGUGCUGCUAGAGGGGCUUGCGGCCUCUCUCCAGCUGGUUGACCCACUAGGCAAAGGUGGACAUGCAGUUGGGCCUGCCCCCAGAGAUGAUCUUGUGUUCUUAAGAUUAGUCUCUCUUCCCAAAGGACGGAAGCUCCUCUCGAGGUACCUCCAGCUCCUCAUACCUGGGAGUGAGCUUAUUCGGAUUGUUUGCAUGGCAAUUUUCCGUCACCUGAGGUUCUUGUUUGGUGGCCUUCCCUCAGAUACAGGAGCUGCUGAGACAACAAUAAAUCUUGCAAGGACUGUUUCUGCAUCUGUCUGUAACAUGGAUCUUAGUGCUCUAAGUGCUUGUCUAGCUGCAGUGGUUUGUUCAUCUGAGCAGCCUCCUCUCCGCCCACUUGGUAGCACCGCUGGAGAUGGAUCCUCAGUUAUCUUAAAAUCUGUUCUUGAGAGGGCGACUGAGCUGCUAACUGAUCUUCAGGUGGCCAGUAACUACAGCAUGUCCAACCGGGCUCUUUGGCAGGCAUCAUUUGAUGCUUUCUUUGGUCUGCUCACAAAAUACUGUAUGAGCAAGUAUGACAGUAUUGUGCAAUCAUUGCUUAUGCAAGGACCACCAAAUACAGCUAUUAUUGGAUCAGAGGCAGCAAAAGCUGUUAGUAAAGAGAUGCCGGUGGAGCUGCUACGAGCAAGUCUUCCUCACACUGAUGAGCACCAGCGAAAGCUUUUGCUGGAUUUCGCACAGCGCUCCAUGCCCAUCACUGGAUUUAAUGUCCAUGGUGGUGGCAAUGGUGGUCACAUAAAUUCUGAAUCGGUGCCAGGUUAAUAAAGAAGUUUAUGGAAACAUUAGUGUCCUGGUUGGUUAGCAGCUUCUUUGCUUGGCUAUUUCUGACAGAGGCCCAUGAUAGCGUUUUGUAUGUAGCAAUGCACCGAAGUGGACAGAAUGGGGAAUUGAUACCUGCUUUAGGAGUUAGCUUAUUGCCUCAAGAUCUAUUUGUUUACCUUUUUUCCUCUUCUCAUCUUGUUCUUUCUCUCGCUUGCUCUUUUUUUUUCCUUGGUAUAAGAACUUGUAGUUAUGUUCAUGUGUAUUAUGUUGAAACUCUUUUUGGGGAGUCUGACUGGAAGUUUUUCUUCUGGGGAGCUUAA